GUAAAGACAGCGAUGGUAACGUGUGCUGCGCCAAAGAGGCCAUCAUAAAAGUAAAGGAAGAGGUUGCUCCAAAAUGUCUACAAGAUCGACUUGGAGAAAGUAACAAGCACAACGGAACGUAUCCCUCUGAUUCUAAGUUCAUUGCAUACAUAUUUUAUACGAUGAAUGCCGGCUUUCAACAGGGGAAUUGUGGUGGUAGCUUGAUAACUUCCGAGUAUGUGCUCACCGCCGCACAUUGUGUGGAGGAUCAUGAACAGUUUGAUGUUUUCAUCGGUGCAAGCAACUUGUAUCAGUUUGAUCCUGAGGAUGGCCAAUAUUAUCCGGACGUAGAAGUAGUGGAUGUACGUGAAAAGAUUAUCCAUGAAAACUACAACAAUUUUACGAUCGAAUACGAUAUUGCAUUGCUACGACUGGCUUCCUCUAUAAACUUUACAAACCCUGUCUGUAUUCCAACGGCCAGCGAACACUAUAACGUACUUCCCAAAAAUAGUGCACGAGUGCUACGAACCUUUGGAUGGGGUUUGAAUAUUAAAGGAAUUGCGACAUCUAUUAAGCAGACUGUAACGCUUCAGGAGAUUUCAUUUCAGGAUUGCGUGCUGCAAAAACCUCCCAACGCAAAUGGCACGAUUGACAAAGACCUCAACAUCUGUACUAUUACCAUUUCUGGCCAUAAUGCGUUUACUGGAUACUCAGGUUCUCCACUAAUGUAUCGCCAAAAUGAGGUCUGGUUCAUGCAUCUGAUCAAUGAGUACAUCCUCAAGAAACCGGGGGCGGCCAAGGAGCUGUUCCAACGGGACACAUCUCGGGACAAAACGGAUCACGAUGUCGUGCGCGAGAACCACCGGUUUCUGUGGCACAGUGAACCCGUCGAUACCUGGGAGAAACAGCUAGCCAAGAAGUAUUACGAUAAACUGAUCAAGGAGUACUGCAUUGCCGAUUUCAGCCGCUACAAGGAGAACAAGGUUGCGCUACGCUGGAGAAUCGAACAGGAGGUGGUGAAUGGCAAGGGACAGUUCCGCUGUGGCAACCGGAGCUGCGAAGAACCGAACGGACUGCGCAGUUGGGAGGUAAACUUUGGGUACCUUGAGCAUGGCCAGAAGAAGAAUGCAUUGGUGAAACUACAUUUAAAACAUUUCUUAUCAUUAACAUUAUCACCGACAGCCGCGGCAGGCAUCAUCCUUCGAAAACAGUCCGAUUGCGAUGCUCUGCGAACAAUGAGUCUCCUUCGCAAAAUCGUCGGGUUGUGUCUAUUGGUUUCCAGUUAUUGUCAGUUCGAUGUGCAGAGAAUACCGUGUGAAAAUGGAUUCUGUGUUAAGAAGCAUCUGUGUGAGGAUAUAGCUGAUCGUGCCAUCGCUGUCCCCAAAGACCCGUACGAUUUGAUAACCUUGCGGCUCGGGGAUACGGAUGUCUGUCUAGACUAUAUGCUAAUAUGCUGCAGGAACGAAACGGCAGAUGAGAAAGUUACGACACCUUCGUCAGCGGAAGAAAUAGAGGUUCCACCACCAUCCGAAGUACAAUGUGGGAAAAAGAACGAGCGAGGUUUAGUGUAUGAUUUCCAGCAUAAUGAUACGGUGGCACAGUUUGGUCAGUACCCGUGGAUGGUCUCGGUCCGAAAGACGGAAGGUGGUAAAUCGAAAUACGUUUGUGGAGGAGCUCUAACCCAUCCCACGAUCGUGAUAACAGCGGCGCACAACGUGCACGGUAUAGUGAAUUUAAUUGCCCGUCUGGGUGAGUGGGAUGUUAGCACUAUUAAUGAACCCCUUCCUCAUAAGGACGUUCCUGUGGUUGAUAUGUUUAUCCACAAGAACUAUAAAGCGAGACCGAUCGAAAACGAUAUUGCUAUAUUGGUGCUCAGCAAGCCCGUCACGUACGAUCAGCAUAUUCGACCGAUCUGUCUCCCUCAAAGCACGGACCGCUUCGAUGGGAUACGAUGUGAAUCGACCGGCUGGGGUUCGGUUGGUGGCGUGUAUGCCAACAUCUUGAAGAGGAUCACCGUCCCGGUUCUUCCGCAAUCCAGAUGCUCGAGUUUGCUAGGAAAGGCCGGACUGGGAGAGCACUUUGCGCUUCCGAACCAAUUUCUGUGCGCGGGAGGCGAGAAGAAUGUCGACAUGUGCAAUGGCGAUGGAGGAUCUCCGUUGGUUUGCCCGACGGCGGAUGGAAGCUACAAGCUAGCCGGAAUAGUAUCCUGGGGUAUAGGAUGUGGUGGGUUGGACAUUCCUGGGGUGUACGUUUCUGUUAGCAACUACGCCGGUUGGAUUGAGGAAAUUGUCGAAAAUAUGUAUUAAAUUUUCGAGAAUACUUCCGUGGAUGUACUAGCA